UCGAGCAUUCGGGCGGGGCCUAGGGGAGCCUGCAGGCUGUGCUGAGACGGAAACGGAGGGGAAGGCCGCGGCCAGCGGCGGAGGGCUGACAGGAGAGCGCGGUGCCGAGAGGCCUGCUACCCGACGGAAUGGUGGAGAAGGCCGGCUGCGGGAGAGACUCCAUGCCCUCACUAAUCCCUGGUGGAUUAAAUCCGGCACUCUCUGGUAGUUCUCAAAUGCUCCCCAAACAGGGCAUGAAACUGGAGGCUGUCAUGGAGCAACUCCAAAAGCAGCAACAGCAAGCUGCCCGGAGCAUGCAGGAGCGUGAGAGGCAAAUCAGAGAAACUCAUCGCCUCUAUACACAACAACUGGCAGCCCAACAUGCCAUGAAAUCCUUGCCAGGUCCUGCAACAGUCUCAUCUAAUAGAAUCCGCCUUCCUGCAGGCCUUGCUCCAAGUACCAGUGACCCAGAUGAAGAAGAAGAAAUGGAAGAGGAUGAGAGUGACAUGGGGGAAUCUUUUGAUGAGGAGGAGGAGGAAGGAAGAAUGGCUCAGAGUUCUAGUCUGGCACAGAAGUAUCUACAGGCUCAGAGAGAGCAACAGAGAAUUGGCAUCUCUAAUCCACAGGGGACCCCUAGUCAGCCACCUAGAACUGUGAAGGAGGAACCUCUUGAAGAAGACUCCAACCCUUCUCCAUCUAAACACCUCAAGCAGCAGAAUGUGGAAGAACACAUUAAACAGGAAAAUGCUCAGUGGGGUGAUGACCUGGAUGGCCGCAGCAGGGAGGCAUCAAGGGACUUUGCAAAGCUUUAUGAACUGGACAAUGACCCAAAACGUAAGGAAUUCCUGGACGAUCUUUUUGUGUUUAUGCAGAAAAAAGGCACCCCAAUUAGUCGUAUACCCAUAAUGGCGAAGCAGUUAUUGGAUCUUUACAUGCUGUACAAGUUGGUUACUGAAAAGGGGGGGCUUGUGGAAGUCAUAAACAAGAAGAUUUGGAGAGAAAUCACAAAGGGCUUGAACCUACCAACCUCUAUUACCAGUGCAGCCUUCACGCUACGGACCCAAUACAUGAAAUACCUUUAUUUGUACGAGUGUGAAAAGAAAUCUCUCAGUUCUCCAGCCGAGUUGCAAGCUGCCAUUGAUGGGAACCGUCGGGAAGGCAGACGUCCAAGCUAUGGCUCCUCCACUUUUAGCUACUCUCCAACCCCAUCAGGGGCCCCAACUUAUCUGGGGACCCCCAAAGUCCCCCUACCAAUGUUGGGUGUGCACCCAAGUGCUCGCAUUUCACCAGUGACUGCAUUAAAGAAAGCAGGUGACAGUCCUGCAGGUUUGAUGGCAAGCCGCAUGUCUCUCCCAGGGCCUGUGAGCACACAGCAGAAUGCAGUGCGGACCUCGUCACUGGAUCAUCUGAAGGAGAGAUUGGACUCAGGUGAGCCACUGGAGAAACGGCUUUCAAAGGCGUCUGGAGAAGAACAGCAGAGACUCUUGCAGCAGGCCCUCCAGCACAACCUGUUGAACAUGGCACGGCAGAUGCCGAUGAAACUCAAGAUAAAUGGUAAAGCACAGGACCGGCAAGACGGAGCUCUCAACCUGGGCACCGGCAGCAUCAAUAUGUCCAUUGAAAUUAAUGGAACAAUGUACACAGGCAUUUUAUAUGCUCAAAAACCAGUUCCCUUAAUUGCGGGGUAUACUGGGCAGAGCGGUGGGAGUGGCAGCAGUAGCAACACCUCUCAAGCCUCGCAAAGCCCCACUUCCUCACGGGGCACACCGGGUGCUGAACCUUCCACCAGCUGGUCCCUCUGAACAUAACCCCCAUGCUUGGGAGGGAACGACCUUGAAACUACUUACCUCCUCCGCAAGAAAGCGUUACACAACCGUACCUACCUCAGCUUGCAGGAAGACAUCAACUCAGAUUACCUCACCUUAAAGGAAAGGUUACACAACCAGUUUACCUCAUGUUUUCUUAUGGCAUUACACACCUUCAUUGAUAAGCAGGAUUUGUGUGGUGACACAAUGGUGGCCUGGCAUGGGGGGCCCCAUUAUUACCUUUCCACGGAGCACCAGCUCUUUCCUGCUGUAUGGCAUUUCGGGAACAUUGUAUGCACAGUGUACCUCUACCCUGUCUUCUGACCCUCUUGCUGUUUUCAAUUUACUGUUCUGUUAGCAGAAGAGGCUCAUCUUUUACCCUGGGUGAUGCAUUGGAGUCUCUCAUAAGGGGGAUCAGAAUGAAGGAUUUGGGACCAUCCUCUGGUUAUAGGCUCUAUAUGUGAGGGGCAUGGAGAGGACAUUUCUACUAGUCCUGGUAUUGUCUACCCUUGACUUACAGAACCAGGUACCUCUCUCUCCUGUCGCACAAUCCCAAGAAGUGCUUAGAAUAAUAGACUUUUUUUUUUUUGUAGGAGAAAUAGCAAAGACUGCUACAAGUUUUAACUUAGUGCUAUCCUAUAUCAGAAGGCAGAUUUUAAGAUUACCUCUGUCAUUAAGAGUGAACAUGUUCUAUUAACUCCUGGUAUACUCUGAUGUGACGUGUUGUUGUUUGACACUUUAAGAGAUGCAGUCCCCUUACCUCACUAUUUUAUCUUCUAGAUUGUGUCUGAUAAAUAAUUGAAUCGGUUCAGCUCCGCUCUGGGAUCGGUUUCCGUUUUUACACUUAAGGUCACUUAUGACAAUGUCGUUCAGGCGUCUGCCAUGAUAUUUACAACAUCUCUCACCCUACAUUUUAACCUUCGUUACGGCUGGCACUCGUGUGGGGGAGGGUCAUGUUGCAUAGCUGAGAACGUGUGCUCUGCGUGAUGCAUACUAUAGGUUGCUAAAUGAAGCUUUUAGUUGUUGUGCUAUGUCAUUUUUACAUACUGGUAGUACAAAGUAAUAUUUAAAGCAGCACACCACGCACUAAUUUUAUGUCUGAAGGGAGUGGGCAUUCUGUUUACCUUAAUUAGGGAGUGCUACAAAGAUUAUCCAUGCUUAACAUUUGUCACAUCCUAGGCUUUAUAAAACUUUUGACUAAACAUGGUUGCCUGGGAACUCUUUUUCGUAAAGGAAAUGGCAAAAUGUAUUAUCACCCUAUAGUGCAUUUACUUUGCAGUUUCAUUUUGUCAUAUUCGGAAUGACAGACUAGCUUAUACGUUUGGAGUAUGUUGGAUAAAGUUUGAUUAUCCCUUGGUGCUGGUAAACCUGACAAAUUGCUGAGAGAGGGAUCCUGCAACACUAUGAUAGAACCCCAAAUGACAGCAACAUAUUGUUUCUCUUCCCUCUGUUGGUUUGUUCUAACACUCAGGAAUCUAAUUUCAUUUAUAACAGUUGUAUUUAUAAAUGCGCUUUUUAUUUAACAUUCAUUUUUAUCUUUCUACCGUACAUUAUAGUCCUUGCUGUUUUCUUUGAAACCUCAAUAUAUACAACGCAAAGCCUCAAAUAACGUAGACAUCCAGAUUGUUUUAUGAUCACAAUUUAAGAGAAAAUUUAAAUCUUUACUUUUUUUCCUGUACUUGAAAUAUGUUUUGCUUAAUUUCUAAAACAUGAGAAAGCAUAUAACCCAGUUGGCAGCGUAGGAUAAAACUAUUUAGUGGAUUGGGAAAGCGGGGGCCGAGUAAUCACAGCGCUGUUGAUAACGCAUUCUCACAGACGCCAUCGUUAAUGACAAUCCUGUUGCCUAAAGGGCAUACUCAAUCAUUUUUGUGAAGUUUUGUUUUUCAUUUUUUUUAUGAUUUUCUUUGUGUUUAAUUUUAAACCAUUACUUUUAAUGGUGUUUAUAAAAAUAAAAAAAAGUGGGAAUGGAGAGUACGAAUUCUUUGGAAUUACCCAUAACAAACCUGGCAGAUUGACCCCAUGCCUUAAACCUUGAUUUAUUGUAAUUUGCUUACCUCCAGGAUGGGCUAAAGAGCAUCCUUUAUAAGUUGGCACUUUCCUCUGUCCUUAUUCAUAGGAUAGUGGCUUGAUGUUAAGUCCAGAAGGGGGCCAAUUUAAGAUAUCAAUGGAUCGAUGGCAAUUUGACAGGGAGAGGUAUCAAUUGGGCAAGUAAGUUACCUUUAGCUCUGAUGCACCCAGUCUUGAUACCUCUCUUCUUGCUCUUCUCAGUCCACAAUGUAGUUUCAGGUUAUGUUAGUGUAAGUCUAGAGUUCACAGUUAGAUAUCCCAAAGAAACCCAAAACUUAUUGCAUGCAAGCUUUCUGUCUAGUUAUUCAGAAAGCCGUGUGUUCUUCUUGCAACUUCUUUUUAAACUCCUGACAUAGAAGCAAUGGAUUGUUUUGGUUAUAAAGCCAGCUUCGUUUUUGCUUGAAGAUUAAUUACCCUUUUCAUUAAAAUGUCCUGAAAUUUAGAUUUUUCUUGAAUAGGUUGAGACGUAGCAUUGCUUUGAUGUCAGUUCUUGAAAUGUAAUACUAAUGCUGACCGGCAGGUUUUCGUUAAAGAUAACACUCAUAUAUUUUAUUUUAUUUUCCAUAGAACUCUAGCAUGCAACCUAACUUUUAACAUGAGGGACACAAACAACCUCAAAUAUUUUUGUUCUCCCGAUAUUUGUAAUGAUAUAUAUAUAUAUUUUUUAUUCUGUAGAAGUACCUGCACCACCAGUUUCUCAAAAUCAAAAAUUUAACUUUUUGAGUUUCCAAUAGACCUUGAAAAUGUUUCCGGUACAGUUGUUCUUAUUCUACCCGGGAUAAGUAUCUGUCUUGUACCGGCUGCAGUCUUUAGGAAACACAUUCUUUUCUUACUUACUAUUCGUGAGGAAUGUGUUUGAGUAACUGGUGCUUUAUUGACAUACCUCAGAAAUCAUUUCUCUAUCACUGAGAAAAUAAAUACUGAAUUUUAUAUAUUAAAAGGGGUCUGAAACUGUGAUUAGGCCUGCUGAGCAAGCGUGAAGAAAGAAAUGGAUUUAGUUUGUCCAAGGAAUACAUACUUCACAGAUGGUGUUAUACACUGGACAAAUAUUCUUCAUUUAUCAUUUUAUAGUUUGGUAGGCCCAUUUUACAGCCCCGAAUAAUUACCUCAGCAACAAUUUUAAUCUAUUUUUUUUUUCUUUACAUAGGUCUACCUUUUUAAAACCAUGCAGACAAAUUU